AUGCCAGUGACUACUUCUGGAAAGACAAAUCGUCGCGAACUGCAGAAAUGCGCGGCUCUUCUAUCUUGGGAAGACCUCCAAAGUUACCGUGGCAGCCCGUCGCAGUCUAGACGUUCUUCGAGCUCUCAGGAAGAGAUUCUUCAACGGAUAUGGGCCCAAGCACUUAACCGUUCACCCGAGGAAAUGGAGGUGACGGAAAGUUUCUUCCGAUUGGGAGGAGAUUCGGUCAGUGCCAUGCAAGUGGCCGCCACCUGCAAAUCUGCGGGUUUUAUGGUGACCGUCAGAGAUAUAUUUCGCUAUCCAAGCAUUGCGGAGUUAGCCGACAAGAUGGGAACAUCUAGCAAUAGUUCUUACCUGUCUGCUUUGGCCGAUGAGGAUCCGAUCGACACUUGGUUCAGCUUGUCCCCAAUUCAACAGCUCUUUGUUCAGCAUACACCCGAGGGACAUAACAAGUUCACCCAGCAGUUCCUGUUAAAGGGGUACUGUCGACCGACAUUCAAUGCUGCGGGCAUCAUUUCGGCGGUUGCCGAAUGGGCAGUGGAGCAAGCGAUCCGCCCUAAAGGUACGGACAGCUUUUAUUUCCGUACGCACUCUGUUCCCUCGAUAGGGACUCAUGGGCUCCGGGAUAUUCUCUCAGGAAGUCAACGAGCGUUAGAUAUUAAGCAAGGAACUGUGUUGGCCAUUGAUCUCAUCACAACGCCGCAUCAGCAGCUUCUGUCAAUGAUGGCCCACCAUAUGGUCAUUGAUCUGGUGUCCUGGCGAGUGAUUUUGCAAGACCUAGAUGAGCUGUUAUCGACGGGAACGAUCUCUGGGUUGAAAUCGUUGUCGUUUCAGACUUGGUGUCUUUUGCAGCAUGAGUACAGUCGUGAGGUUCUGGAUCCCCGAAAAUCUCUUCCAAGAGAGAUCCCACCCCCAGCACAAAGCUACUGGGGAGGAGACGACUUGCUCAGUCACAAUACGUGGGGGGGGAGGCACUACACGAAGCCAUCUGCCUACCAGAGAAUAUUACGAGCGCAAUUCUUGGUGCUUGUAAUGAUGCAUUUCGCACGCAACCGGUCGAACUCAUCCAUACCUCUCUCGUUGGGCUGGUUUACCACUUUGGCCCCUGUUUUUGUGAAUGCAAAGAAGGACCAAGGAAUUGCAGAUCUACUCCAACGCCUCAAGGAGCGUCGCCGCUCUGUUCCUAGUAACGGCUGGGAGUACUUUACUUCGCGGUACCUUCACGAGGACGGGCCACGACAUUUUAAGAACCACGAGCAGAUGGAAAUUAUUCUCAAUUACACAGGGCGGUUCCAACAGCUUGAAGGAUCACAGGCACUCUUGAAACUGGCGACUCUCCCCGACCAUGACCUUAUUCCUGUUCCUCCAGAUUUGCCACGCUUUGCUCUGAUCGAUGUGUCGGCAACCGUCAUGGAUAAAUGCCUUCAUAUCUCAUUCUGGUACAAUCGACGCAUGAAGCAUCAAGAGAAAUUACGCCAGUGGGUUCUGGGGUUCCAGAAGGCAUUGGAAUCCCUGCCCACAAUUUUGAGACAGCACCAGCAGUUUACGAUGUCUGAUUUCCCUUUGUUACCAGUGACCACAGAUGACCAGUUACAAAGUCUGGUGAGCCAGAUAGCGGGCAAGUGUCGGUUUUCUCCGUCGGAAAUUGAAGAAAUUUAUCCCUGCUCGCCCGUCCAAACUGGCAUGUGGCUCAGUCAGAUCAAAAACCCUGAUAUGUACUGGUCAAGCAUGGAAUGGUCGCUCCAUCCAACGUGCGCCCCUAUCGAUCUAAAUAAGGUGCGAGACGCAUGGCAGCGGGUAGUCGAUCGCUACACCAUUCUGCGGACUACCUUUACAACUGGCCCGGGGACCAGAACUACCCCGUUCAAGUUGUCAACACGACAGAAAGCAGCCAUCUCAUUGGCUUAUCCUCAGGCCUCAGCCAGGGGAGAAGUUGUCUGUGAACUCAACAUCCACCAUAUGCUCAUAGAUGGCUACACUCGCCGCCUGUUGAUUUCAGACUUCCAGAAGGCCUACGAUGGACAGCUUCAGACUGAUCCAAGAGUUCAAUACAGAUCUUUCAUCGCGUACUGUCAAGAGCAAGACGGGAAGGCAUCGCAGGAGUACUGGAAUCGGUAUCUUGAGGAUGUCAAACCAUGCAUCUUCCCUUCUUUGGUGUCAGCUGUUGAUCAGCAAUCUACUUUACUCUCAGUUCCAUUAAACUUUGAUUAUGGUGAUCGUAUUCAAUCAGUCUGCAAUGGCCUUGGAAUCACUGUUUUCAAUCUCCUGCAGGUGGCGUGGGGCCUGGUCCUUCGUGCAUACACCGGUUCGGAUUGUGUCUGCUUUGCCUACCUGACGGCUGGUCGGGAGAUUCCUCUUCAAGGUGCACAAUGUAUUGCUGGUCCUCUAAUCAACCUUUUGGUGUGUCGCCUCUCCUUGAGCGAUGAAGAUGGAGUUGAGUCAGCUUUACGGAACAACCAGAGCUCCUACGCAAGUAGUCUGGAUAACCAGAUCUGCAGUUUGGUUGACGUGAUACAUUCCUUGAACCUAUCAGGACAGGCAUUGUUCAACACAGCCAUGUCUCUGCAAAAGGCCAGUACAAAUUGGGAUCAAAAUGGUAGCUCUGGGUCUCGACUGGAGUAUCGUGGAGGACAUGACGUAACCGAGUUUGACUUGACUGUUAAUCUCUCGGUCAAUGAGAAAAGUGUCAUAUCUGGUGAUCUUACCUUCUGGUCACAUGCACUAUCGGAGGUGCAGGCAGAGCUAAUUGGAGAUGCAUUCCAGCGUGUUAUAGCGCAGUUACUCGAUCCCAACAUCAUUUACCUGGGUCAAUUGGAUCUGGUCGGAGCCAAAAACUACCAAUGCAUGAUGAAUUUGAAGGGAAAUAUCCCAGAGGUGGGGACAUCCUGCAUUCAUGAUGUGAUCCAUGAACGGAGUUUGAUCAAUCCAGCUGCAUCCGCUAUCUGUGCUUGGGACGGCAGCUUCAACUACGGUGAGCUGGAUUGUAUAUCAUCAGAGAUAGCCAGCCACCUCCAAGAGCAGGGUAUAAGGCCAGAAAUAUUCGUGCCAGUGUGCAGUGAAAAGUCUCGCUGGGUUGUUGCCGCUGCACUUGCAGUUCUUAAGGCGGGUGGGGCUUUCAUCCUCCUAGAUCCGUCACAUCCCCUUGAACGAUUGCAAGAUAUGAGACCGGUAGCAAAACAUCUUGCCCAUAAAGUCAUUGUGCUUGAUGGCGAGGAACAGGAAGUGUGGAAGCUCCAUCAGGGUCAGGGCUUACAUCUGAAGAAAGUGUCGCCCAACACACCGGCAUAUGCAACCUUCACAUCGGGGUCUACUGGGAAGCCAAAAGCAAAUAUAAUUGAGCAUCAGUCAUUCAUGUCCGCACAAAAAGCCCACCAUAAGAUGCUAAAUCUUGCGGAGGGCUCACGGGUGCUUCAGUUUGCUUCUCACGCCUUCGACGCAAGCAUAGUCGAGAUCCUCACCACGCUCAUUGUCGGCGGAUGUGUUUGUAUUCCGCAGGACAUUGACCGCCAGCAGAGACUAGCUGGAUUUAUUCAGGAAUAUCAAGUUGACUGGGCACUGUUGACACCGUCUGUGUCGCGAAUGCUGGAUCCUAAGGAUGUCACAUCUUUGAGAACCUUGGUUUUGGGUGGAGAGGGUAUGAACAAAGAGGAUGUGCGCCGAUGGUCUUCGCAGUUGCAACUUAUGAAUGCCUAUGGUCCAUCGGAAUGCUCGGUUAUUGCCACGGUUCAAUCUUCCCUUGAGGCACUCUAUACAGAUCCUGCAGAUAUUGGAAUGCCGGCAGGAGGCGCCACUUGGGCGGUUUCCCCCCAAAAUUCGGCCCAAUUGACUGCCAUUGGGGCUGUGGGAGAACUACUCAUCGAGGGUCCCAUUGUCGGUAGGGGGUACGCAAAUCGGCCUGAGCAGACAAAUGCUUCAUUUAUUGAUGCACCCGCUUGGCUACAAUCUUUCCGCUCUGGGCGACCUGGAAGGCUUUACCUAACGGGAGAUCUCGUAAGGCUCCUGCCCAAUGGAUCAACUCGGUAUAUUGGAAGAAAGGACCGUCAAGUCAAAGUGAACGGGCAACGGAUCGAACUAGCCGAGGUGGAACAUCAUGUCCAGCAAUCCUUUUCAGGGAGCCCCGAGGUACUGGCCGAGGUGAUCGCCCCAGAGCAAUGUCAAACGACAUAUCUGGUAGCUGCAGUGAACAUUUCGAACUCGUAUCUUUCGACGGAAUUUGACAGUGCGGUCGCAGAUUCAAGGAAAAUUCUGCAAUCGGAUAUCCCUUCUUUCCUCAUACCUGCAGCGUUCUUUCCUCUGCACAGGGUUCCGAGGAUGCUAAGUGGUAAGGUGGAUCGGCCCAAACUGCGUCAAGAGAUGUCGCAUGCAAUGGAGAAACAAUUAGAAGGAGUAACCCAAGCUACGGAUCGUGUGUCCCAGGAUGAUUUAAGCCCGAUUGAACACCAACUGCGGUGUCUCUGGUCAAAAGUACUUCGGCGUCCAGCAGAGACAAUUGGCCCAGAUGAUCAUUUCUUCCGCUUGGGCGGCGAUUCGAUUGCCGUUAUGCGGUUAGCAUCAAGCGGCGGACCAGUCGGGCUAGAAAUAGCAGUUUCCAACAUUUUCAAGCAUCCUCGGCUGCGUGAUCUUGCGCGUGUAGUUGCUUGUCACUCCUGUUGUGGAUCCAGGUCCGCGGCAGAUGCUGUGGCAGACGACAUCGCUGCAUUCAGCCUACUUCAGCCUCAGCAACGUUCCGAAGCCCAAGCUCAAGCAUCUCUUCAAUGCGGUAUAUUGCUGGAUCAAAUUGAAGACAUCUAUCCAUGUACUCCCUUGCAGGCUGCCUUGGCUUCCGUCACAGAAGGACGCUCUGGUGCAUACGUCGCAUUCCACCGCUAUCUACUACCUCCCAGCAUUGAUCUGGAUCGGCUGCAUCACGCCUUGGAUAGGGUCCUGAAAACACACGCAAUUCUACGCACCAGACUUAUCUACACGAAUGAUCUUGGUUGUCUUCAGGUUGUCCUAAAAAGUGAUGCGGUCGACUUCCCGCAAAACUCGUGCGAUAACGCAAUGGGUUUUGGAACAGCCUUGGCCCAGUUCAAGGUUUUCCCAGUGCAAGCGUCAGGUUCUGACAUCAAAGAAUAUCAUUUGAUGUUAACAAUGCAUCAUGCGGUGUAUGACGCGUGGUCACUUGCACGGCUAGCGGAGGCUAUAGAUGAGGCCUAUAGUGACCCUGCGUGUGAAUUGCAGAAGCCGCCGCCUUUCCAGCUCUUCGUAAAACACGUUAUCUCCCAAUCCGAGAUAGCACCCCAACGCUGGAAUGCAGAGUUCCAUGAGAUAUCUGUGGUACCGUUCCCCUCGUUGCCCUCUCCAACUUACCGGCCGCAUGCGUUGGCCCACUCCCAUUGUGAAGUACCCACUGGUCCUUUUUCCGAGCACUCUGUCACCAGGACCACGGCUACCUGGCUCGCCUGGGCUCUUGUUCAAUCUCAGUACCAGAGCUCCGAGGAUGUUGUAUUUGGUAUUGUCUCAUCGGGACGUCGAGCACCAAUACGAGGCAUCGAAAACAUGACUGGCCCGACAAUUGCCACUUUACCUCUGAGAGUAACCCUUGACGGUAAUAAAACGGUUACCGAGCUGCUGGAGAGCCUGCAGCAAUGGUCUGUGGACAUAACCGCGGUAGAGCAAUUGGGUUUGCACCAAAUCGCUAAGCUCAAUCCGGAAACCGCUGAAUGCUGCAGGUUUCAGACUUUGCUCAUGGUAACGGGCCGAGAGGCAGAGGAUGGAUAUCUGGAGAAAGGACUGAUGCAACCUAUUGAGACAACUUCGGGUCUCGGGGCAUUCAGCUCCUACGCUUUACAGUUGACGUGCAUCCUAAAGGCUGAUAGUGUGAUCAUUGAUGCCUCCUACGACGAGAAUGUAGUUUCUGAAUGGCAUCUGAAAAACAUCCUCGACCAAUUCAGCCAUACCCUCCAACAAGUCUACCAGAAGCCACGUUCUAUGAUUAGCAACAUUCCCACGUUGAGUCCGUGUGCCAUCGAUCACCUGCGAAAGUGGGCAUUACCCAAUUGUCCCCCUAGUCCAAACACUGUCAGGGCGAUGAUAGAAAAGCAUUCUGCGAGCCAGCCCCUAGCCCAGGCAGUUUGCUCCUGGGAUGGGAACUUCUGUUACGAUGAGAUGCUUUACCUGGCCCGUAAGGUUGGUUCCUUGCUUGUUACCAAUGGUAUUGGAUCAGAGUCCUUUGUCCCUAUAUACAUGGAACGGUCCCGGUGGACUGUCAUCGCUAUGCUCGGUGUUCUCCACGCGCAGGCAGCAUUUGUCCUUCUUGACACUGCCCAUCCCGUGAAUAGGAUUCGGGAUAUUUGCAAUGAAUUUCAACCUUCGCUUAUACUGAGUGCGGGGAACAAUAUGUCCACUGCUCAGUCACUAGCUCCCACGGUCAUUUCAGUUGGAGAGGACGCUCUCCAAUAUCAGAUGACAACACCGGACCUACCCAAUAUGCAAAACCCCUAUCAAGCCCUAUAUGCUAUCUUUACCUCAGGAUCCACCGGAAAACCGAAAGGUGUGGUUGUUGAGAAUGGGGCUUUCGUUACCAUGUCGAAUCGGUACGCCGAGCACUUGCGGAUGAAUACUACUUCUCGGGUCCUUCAGUUUUCAUCCUAUGCCUUUGAUGUGAGCAUGUUCGAAAUGCUUGGUACUUUAAUUAUUGGAGGCUGUAUCUGCAUUUUAUCCGGCUCUGAACGAAAGGAAGGUCCGACUGAGGCCGUGGUUAGAAUGCAGCCAUCUCAUGCCAUCUUCACACCGUCCCUUCUCCGAGUACUGGCCCCAGCCGAUCUACCAUCGGUUCAUACUAUCAGCCUUAUUGGAGAGCCAGUCAAUGCCAGCGAUAUACAGCAAUGGUCAAAUCAAGUACGCCUACUGAAUAGCUACGGCCCCGCCGAAUGCACUGUAUUCUUCACUAUUCAGACUGGCGUUGAUGUGAGUUCCCCAGCCAACAUCGGAUUCCCAAUUGCAGGAAAUGCAUGGCUUGUAAAUCCGCGGGAUCCUCAUCUGCCAGUACCAAUCGGUGCUGUAGGUGAGAUUCUGCUGCAAGGAUCUCUAGUCGGCCGAGGUUAUCUUAACAAUCCUGACCGAACGGCAUCCGCGUUCCUUUCCUGCCCAAGCUGGCUCCAAGAGUUCUCAACGGGUGACCACAAGAGGGUAUACCGCACAGGUGAUUUGGCUCGGUAUGAAGCCGAUGGAUCGUUGGUAUUCAUAGGUCGAAGGGACUCUCAGGUCAAACUGCGGGGCCAGCGGUUAGAGCUCGGCGAUGUUGAGGAGAAUAUCCGCCAUCAUUGCCCUGGAUUUUGGAAGAACGUUGUCACUGAAAUCAUCACACCAGCUGGACCGGGUCAGGUAGCAUGUCUAAUUGCGUUUGUUGUACCCAACAACCCUGACAAUACCGAGGAACCAUAUUCUUCUUCCAUGGAUGUGCCGCUUCAACUGAACAUAGCAAUUCCACCUAACCAUGCCGGUCAUAUUACUGAUGCCAACAUCCGGCUAUGUGCUGCUAUUCCGGACUACAUGGUUCCAUCUGCCUUUAUCCCUCUUCGCCAAAUGCCCGAGACCGUUGGUGGAAAGCUCGAUCGACAUCGACUCCGAGAUGCUGGCGCCACAAUGACAUGGCAGCAGAUCAAAAAGUUUGCUCCUAACACAACUCUGGUGAAGCAGCCCAUGUCGUCUGACCUAGAGCGGAUGAUUCAAGACGUCUGGGCAGAGACUCUGACCAUUGCACAUGCCGAGAUCGGGGCUGAAGACAGCUUCUUUCGACUAGGCGGAGAUUCGAUCUCUGCUCUCAAGGCCACUUCGCGAGCCGAGGCCAAUGGCAUUAAGCAUACCGUUGGGGAGUUGUUCCGUUGGGAAACCAUCCGACAAAUGGCCCGUCAGUUGGCUACCAAGGCUGGUAUAUCAUCUACCGUGUCGAAAUCGCCUGUAAAGCCUCCGUUCUCACUCAUCCAUCCUGGUGAACAUACUUCCAUUGUUUCCUCAUUCUUCGCCGAGGAGCACCCCUUCAGUGCGGACAACAUCACCGAUAUUCUGCCUACUCUACCAUACCAGGAGUUUUAUAUCCAACACUCGUCUCCCGUUGAAUAUGCGUACUUAUUUCCAGUUGCUGUGGACUUCGAUCGUCUUUGUCGCGCUUGCUAUCAGGUUGUUUCCUGCUAUAGCAUACUGCGGACGGUAUUUGUUAAUCUGGAUGAUCGCAUCUUCCAGGUGAUUUUGCAAAGCCUAGAGCCCAGCUUUGAAUUUGCAGAAGAAGAGGAUCCCGAAGCAUACAUGACACACCUCUCCCGCCAGCGACCGACCCCAACCACCCAACUACUUUUCAGUCCAGUCCGUUUCAAGGUCAUUACUAGUACCGUUCGGCGAGAAUUUGUUUUUCUUAUCAGUUUGUCUCACGCCCAAUACGACCAGUCCUGUAUUUCCAUUCUCUGGCAGGCCAUUGCCGCAGCCUACGCGGGACAAGAGGUCCCCAAGGCUACAGACUUUGCCAAUGUGGUUCAUCACCGCAUCGGGCAACAUCAUACAGAUGCCUUCACCUUCUGGAAGGAGUACUUGCACGACGCUUCUCCGGCCGCACUCGCCCCAUUUGGCGUUCCCAAACCCUCACUUCCACCCGUCGAGCUAAAACACCCACCAACGGCAAUGCGAGGUAUUGACCGGCCCUAUCUUCAACCAGAAGCUACCAUGUCGACACUAGUCAAGUCGGCCCUGGCAUGGGUAAUCGCUCACGACUACACCAGCCAAUUAGAUCUUGUCUUCGGCCAGGUCGUCCAUGGGCGUGGUGGCUUGCCUCCGGGAAUCGGCAACAUCUUCGGUCCUUGUAUCAAUACACUCCCAGUCAGGAUUAAAAUUGACACCUCAUCGACGGUGGCGCAGUUUAUGCGAUAUGUACAAACACAACAGAUGGCUGUUUUUCAACACGACUCGAUAACACUUCAAACUAUUGCAAAACAUUCCACUAGUUGGCCAGAAGACGUCCGAUUCGGUCUUCGCGUCCAUCACGAGAGUCCGCAGCCUAACAGUUCCUGGGAGCUUGGUGGAGUUGCUUCUUUGGCCAACGCCGGUUGGGGCAACGCGAAGACCAUCCCAGGACAGAUGGAUGUGGUCUCCAUGGAGCGGGACUCGGGCCUCGAUUUGAUCGUGACCGGGGCGGGGGAUGUCCUGGGACAGCUGUUCAUUGACCAAUUGGCAGACAGCCUGACGGAGAUGAUCCAAUUGUUCUCAAAAUAUCCAAAUGCCCCUUUGACAAGUUUGAGGGAUGGGGAAGCAAUGCCCCAAUCCUAUCGCCAACCUACUCCUGUGUAUAAUUGA